GCGCCAGGACGGGAGAACGUCCCAGUCCCCUGACGCCGCCGCCAUAGACCCCUAUUGUGGGUGCGGGAGUGGAAAGGGGAGACCGCGAGAAUUCUCGGCUGCGGAGACAGAGCCCGCGGUAGCGCCGGAUAUCUCUACCGCCCCGCCCCGCUCCUUGCUCGCUCUCGGACUCGCUCGUGGCCGGGGGCGGAGCCCUCGCGGUGACCUUUCACCCCAACAUGGCCGCGCCCAUGGGACCCGUGAAAUUCUGGAAACCGGGGACAGAAGGCCCAGGUAUCAGCAUUUCAGAAGAGAGACAAAGUACAGCAGAAAGCUCUGGAACCACUGUCAUUUAUAAUCCUCAUGCUGCCCUUUCUAUAGAACAGCAGAGACAAAAGUUACCAGUUUUUAAGCUUAGAAAUCAUAUCUUAUAUUUGGUAGAAAACUAUCAAACAGUGGUGAUUGUUGGAGAAACAGGAUGUGGGAAAACUACACAAAUUCCACAGUAUCUGGCAGAAGCUGGCUGGACAGCAGAGGGAAGAGUAGUAGGAGUGACCCAGCCAAGAAGAGUGGCUGCUGUUUCAGUUGCAGGGAGAGUUGCUGAAGAAAGGGGUGCUGUGCUGGGCCAUGAAGUUGGAUAUUGUAUUCGGUUUGAUGACUGUACUGAUCCACAAGCUACAAGAAUUAAGUUUCUGACUGAUGGAAUGUUGGUCAGAGAGAUGAUGGUGGACCCAUUAUUAACAAAAUAUAGUGCUCUUAUGCUGGAUGAAGCCCAUGAGAGAACUUUAUAUACAGAUAUUGCUAUUGGCUUGUUAAAAAAGAUUCAAAAGAAACGAGGGGAUCUUAGAUUGAUUGUAGCUUCAGCUACUUUGGAUGCAGAGAAAUUUCGGAAUUUCUUUAAUCAAAAUGAAACCAGUGACCCUAGUAGGGAUACAUGUGUAAUCAUUACUGUGGAAGGGAGAACGUUUCCAGUGGAUGUCUUUUAUCUACAGAGUCCUGUUCCAGAUUAUGUCAAAUCAACUGUGGAAACUGUGAUGAAAAUUCAUCAAACAGAGGGUGAUGGUGAUAUAUUGGCAUUUCUUACUGGCCAGGAGGAAGUUGAAACUGUUGUUUCUUUGUUAAUUGAACAAGCGCGGGCAUUAUCUCGGACUGGUAUGAAAAAGCACCUCCGUGUUCUCCCUAUGUAUGCUGGGCUGCCUUCAUUUGAACAGAUGAAGGUAUUUGAAAGAAUGUCACAUAAUGUCAGAAAGGUGAUAGUGGCAACCAACAUUGCAGAAACAUCUAUUACAAUCAAUGGAAUUGUGUUUGUGAUAGACUGUGGCUUUAUGAAACUUCGAGCCUAUAAUCCUAAAACAGCUAUUGAAUGUCUUGUGGUAGUUCCAGUGUCACAGGCAUCAGCCAAUCAGCGAGCAGGACGUGCAGGUCGCAACCGCUCUGGAAAAUGUUACAGACUCUAUACAGAGGAAGACUUUGAAAAGUUGCCUCAAUCUACUGUACCUGAGAUGCAGCGUAGUAACCUGGCACCUGUCAUCUUGCAGCUAAAAGCAUUAGGAAUUGACAAUGUCCUUAGAUUCCACUUCAUGUCUCCUCCUCCAGCACAAUCUAUGGUUCAGGCUUUGGAGCUACUCUAUGCUUUGGGAGGUCUGGACAAACACUGUCACCUAACUGAACCUCUUGGCAUGAGAAUAGCAGAGUUUCCUUUGAAUCCUAUGUUCGCAAAGAUGCUGCUAGAAUCAGGAAAUUUUGGCUGUUCUCAGGAGAUUUUGAGCAUUGCAGCCAUGAUGCAGAUUCAGAAUGUUUUUGUAAUUCCACCAAAUCAGAAAAAUCAGGCUAUGCGAGAACACCGAAAAUUUGCUGUGGAAGAAGGUGACCACCUUACUAUGCUUAAUGUAUAUGAGGCUUUUAUCAAACACAGUAGGAAUUCACAGUGGUGUCAGGAACAUUUCCUUAACUAUAAGGGGCUUAUGAGGGCUGCCGCUGUAAGGGAACAGUUGAAAAAGCUACUUGUCAAGUUUAAGAUACCAAAGAAAUCCAGUGAAGGUGAUCCAGAUCCUGUUUUAAAGUGUAUUGUCUCUGGAUUCUUUGCUAAUGCUGCUAAGUUUCAUUCCACUGGAGCUUAUAGGACUAUCCGUGAUGAUCAUGAAUUACAUAUACAUCCUACUUCGGUACUCUAUGCGGAAAAACCACCUCGAUGGGUUGUCUACAAUGAGGUCAUACAGACUUCAAAAUACUACAUGAGAGAUGUGACUGCUAUUGAAUCUGCAUGGCUGUUGGAGUUGGCACCACAUUUCUAUCAGCAGGGAACGCCUCUUUCAAUGAAAGCCAAAAGGGCCAAGGUUGAUGACCAAUGACCAUAAUCCAACUGUUGUUGACAGCACCUGAUCCUUUUCUUCUUGGUAUUCUCCAAGAUGUGGUUUUUGAACCUUGGGACAUGUAAUCCUAAACUUUUCACUGAUGUAAAGCUGUCUGUUCUGUACUUUCAAUCAAUUCAUCUGUUCCACUAAAUGUAUAAAAGCCUGUCAGGAGCCUGUAGGAGUUGAUGCAUGAGCAGGUUAUGGCAAAGCUAAAGCUGAGCUUGCAUUAUGGACAUUUUACUACUUGGCUGAUGUGGCCACAUUAGUUAGCCUGGGCAUGUUGUCCCUUUAACAUGGGUAGGCAAUCAGAAAAUACGGAUGUAACUUGAGUAAGAACUGGAGCUUCUGUGAAAGAACAGAACUGCCUUUGAAUAGUGUAAUGCCAUGUUAAAGAGGAUGGAGAGUUUUGCAUACUACAGCUCUUGCCCCUUGGACCAUAUGAGAUUUGAUGGAUAUUAUGCUGAAUGCCUUGUUGAAUGCAGAGUAGUCCAGGAAGGGAUCUGACUUUAGAAAGAAACAUCAGGAGCUUUACUUGAAAUCUCUCUGAUACCUGGAGCAUGCCUAAUUAAAACAGGAACUUAAAGCAAUAGAGGCAAUUUCUAUAGCUUCUCAUUUGCCUUUUGUCCCUAUUUCCCCACUGUAUGAAACUUUAGAAUGGCAUUCCAUUUAAAGUGAAAUGAACAAUAUGUUUACAUACAAGCUCUGUAUUUUUUUAGCCCUUGAUCGCUCUGGACUCUCCUGGUAAUUUUGGAGAUCUUUAAGGGCCAUUUAUGAGUGAUACACCCCUAGGACCCAUGAGCACAUAUUCCCUAAUUGCAAUGAAUGUAUGCAUUUUCACAAGUGGGCUUGGCUCCCUCUUUUGGGAUUUGACAUCUUAGACUUGAUGCCACUGGCUUCAACACUAGUGAAAUUUUAUGAAAUUCCAGUUGGGAAAAUCUCAUGAGAAUACUAUUUAAGCAGGGAUUAAUAGUUUAGAUGCUCUGAACUUCUAUAAAUCAGGAAUAAUUAAUAGUAUGUUAGUAAUGGCUUUAUUUUGGCUCUUUAUUGGGAGGGGAUAUUCUCCUUUUUCCAGCAGGCUCUGGUCAUACUGAUGCCCCAGGCCUACUUUGCUAUAAUAGUGUUUGCAUUUAAAACACAUUAGCUGCUGUAGGUUUAUUUAUUUAUUUAUUUUUACUAUUUCAAUGACAUUUGUUUUAAAAACAUUUAGCUUAAAAAUUUAUUUUUGUACUGACAUUUAUUUGGUGAAUGGGCCACUUUUGGCACCAACAUGUACUUUCAUUUUUUUCUUUCCAUUUUUACAAUGUGUAAAUAAUAGCAAAACUUAAUAAUGAUAGUGAAUUUAUACCUAGAAUAAAUGUUUUCCUCCCUC